AUGUCAGCUUUGGUAUCUGGUUCGGCCGAACUACCCAAUAUUGUAUUAGGUAUAGCGAUUCACCUGAAUCACGUACGAUCUUCUGUGCCAUACAUAAGUGACACAGGGACUACUCCUCCAGAAUAUACUCUUUUCGGACAAAUGCUUAAUAUCACGAGCAUUUUCACUGGUAUUAUCUUUCUGGUAUUAUCACUUUAUUUGUUUGAUAGACCUCUUAAAGAUAUUCCUCUAUGGACCUCGGAUGAUAAAGGAUAUGACUACCAUAUCGCCAGUACAACAUCAGAAUGGAUUUUUGUGUCAGGUGUUAAUAUUUAUACUCUUACUUUUUAUAAAGAUUUCCAAACUAUAAUUCUUAUUCUUCCGACG